CGACAGGAACACAAAAAAAAAAAAAAAAACCCGACACGGUGGAUUUGAGGAUCAGGUCCGAUUAAAGUCCGUGUGUCUGUGUGCAGCUCGGUCUGAAAUGAAACGAGCCUGAGACGUGAAGACUCGAUCCACACCUGAGACCAGAGACCUGCAAACUUUGGGACUUGUUCCGCCGCGUGUUGACGCUCCUGCGCGGACUCACACCAUGUCUGCCUCCGCUAUAUUCGUGCUGGACCUGAAGGGGAAGGUGUUGAUCUGCAGGAACUACAAAGGCGACGUGGACAUGGCGGAGAUCGACCACUUCCUGCCUUUGCUGAUGCAGCAUGAAGAAGAAGGGCUCCUCUGUCCCGUGCUGUCACACGGCAGCGUUCACUUCUUGUGGAUCAAACACAGCAACCUGUACCUGGUCGCCACUACAAACAAGAACUCCAACGCCUCCCUUGUCUACUCAUUCUUAUACAAACUAGUUGAGGUGUUCACAGAGUACUUCAAGGAGCUGGAGGAGGAGAGCAUUCAGGACAAUUUCGUGGUCGUGUACGAGCUCCUGGACGAGCUGAUGGACUUUGGCUUCCCUCAGACGACCGACAGCAAGAUCCUACAGGAAUACAUCACUCAGGAAGGUGCCAAGCUUGAGGUGGCAAAGUCCAAGGUGCCGACCACCGUCACCAACGCUGUCUCGUGGAGGUCAGAGGGGAUCAAAUACAAGAAGAACGAGGUCUUUAUUGACGUCAUCGAGUCCAUCAACGUGCUGGUGAAUGCCAAUGGCAGUGUGAUGAGCAGUGACAUCGUGGGCAGCAUCAAGCUGAAAACGAUGCUGUCUGGGAUGCCUGAGCUGAGGCUGGGCCUGAACGAUCGAGUGCUCUUCGCUCUCACUGGACGUGACAAGGGAAAGACUGUGGUGAUGGAGGAUGUGAAGUUCCACCAGUGUGUCCGUCUGUCACGCUUUGAGAGCGACCGAACAAUCUCCUUCAUCCCUCCGGACGGGGAGUCUGAACUCAUGUCCUACCGCAUCAACACCCACGUGAAGCCUUUAAUAUGGAUUGAAUCAGUCAUAGAGAAAUUCUCCCACAGUCGGGUGGAAAUCAUGGUGAAGGCGAAGGGACAGUUCAAAAAACAGUCUGUGGCAAAUAACGUGGAAGUGAGGGUUCCCGUCCCGAGCGACGCCGACUCACCCAAGUUCAAAACCAGCACGGGCAGCGCCAAAUAUGUGCCGGAGAAGAACCUGGUGGUGUGGACCAUCAAGUCAUUCCCCGGAGGUAAAGAGUUUCUCAUGAGAGCUCAUUUUGGUCUGCCGAGUGUGGAGAACAGCGAGCUCGAGGGCAAACCUCCCAUCACUGUCAAAUUUGAAAUCCCGUACUUCACAGUGUCUGGAAUACAGGUGCGAUACAUGAAGAUCAUUGAAAAAAGCGGUUAUCAGGCUUUACCGUGGGUCCGAUACAUCACGCAGAGCGGAGACUACCAGCUGAGGACCAACGUGUAAACCCUGAAGGACUGACUGCGUGUUCGUCCAGAGCAGCGACGAUCGAUGAUCACUUUAACCUGACUGAAAGAAUGUCUUUAAAUUUCACCGGCUCUAUUUAAUGUCACUGAUAACUGUUUUUAAAAAUCUGUGUGCAGCUUGAUUUUAAUGUUUCUACUGUGGGACCACUGCAAAUUAUUUAAAUGCUUAAUGAAAUUAUU